GUACGGGUUCCUCCUGGACAAGGCCCUCAUCAUCUGCAAGCGCCGGGGGGACUCCUACGAGGCCAAGGACGUGGUGGACCUUCAGAGCCACCAACUGCGCGACGGUGGCCUCGGGCCCCGCGACGGCAAGAAGUGGACCCACACCUUCCUCCUCAUCGCCACCGCCGGCCUCCAGGGCUACGAGCUCUUCUUCAAGACCCGGGAGCUGAAGAAGAAGUGGUUGGAGCAGUUCGAGAUGGCCCUGUCCAACAUCUUCCCCGAGAACGCUCUGGCCGAUGGUCAUGACUUCCAGAUGUUCUCCUUUGAGGACACCACCUCCUGCAGGGCCUGCCAGAUGUUGCUGAG